AUGGAUGCCAACCGGACCCUGCGGGAGGAGCUGACCUGCGCCGUCUGCCUGGCCUACUUCACCGACCCGGUGACCAUCGACUGCGGACACAGCUUCUGCCGGGGCUGCCUGGCCGGCAGCUGGGGGCCAUCGGCGGCCGCCCCCUUGUCGUGCCCCGAGUGCCGCAAGCCGUCCGAGCCGCGGGAUCUCCGGCCCAACCUGCGGUUGGGGAAGCUGGCGGCCGUCGUCCGCAGGGCCGGACCCCGCUCCCUGCUGGGCCGCAGCCGGCCGGAGGACCAGGUGGACGACAACGACGACGAAGACAAGGACGAAGACAAGGAGAAGGAGAAAGGACGGCAGCCCCAGCGUCGGGGGCUGUGCGAGCGGCACCGGCAGGCCCUGAAACUGUUCUGCCGGGAGGACGAGGCCCCGUUGUGCGUGGCCUGCUUCGGGGAAGGCGGGCACGGGGACCACGCAGUCAGUCCCCUCCAGGAAGCCGCCGAGGAUUGUAAGGUGAAGAUCGAAGAGACUCUGGCGAAGUUGUGGAGGGAUUUGGAAAAAGCUCAGCAAUUUCUGCGUCUGAUGAAGAGCAAAACUGCGAUGUGCAAAAAGAAGGUGGAGCACAGAAGACAAGGCAUCGUGGACGAAUUUGAGAAGAUUCGGGCCUUCCUGGCAGAGGAGGAGGCGCGGCAACUUCAGAGCCUGGCUUUGGAGGAGGAGAAGAUUCUGCAGAGAUUCGCGGAGAAUGAGAGACAGGUAUCUCGGCAGAGCUACGCCCUGAGAAAGGUGAUCGGAGAACUGGAGGAGAAGUUCGAGAAACCGGACCUGGAGCUGCUGCAGGACGCAAAGACCCUUCUGAGCAGGUCUGAAGCUACGGAGCUGCGGUUACCCCAGUACACGUCCGGGGAGGUUACUACUCUAGUCCAAGUCCCCGGGAUGAGAGAGAUGUUGAAACAAUUCCAAGUGGACGUGACUCUGGACGAAGCGACGGCACAUCGGAGCCUGGUCCUGUCCAAGGAGCGGCACCGAGUGAAAUACGUUCCCCAGAGGCGAGACCUGCCGGACGAUCCCGGGCGAUUUAACAUCUGUCCUUUCGUGCUGGGCCUUCAGCGUUUCACCAAGGGGAAACACUACUGGGAGAUGAACGUGGAAUUUACCCACGGAUGCGUGCUGGGCGUCUGUCUAGAGACCGCCCAGAGAAAGGGGAGGAUGCAGCUGAACGCUGAAAAUGGAUUCUGGAUCCUUCAUAGGCCUAAAAACCACCACCCCGUUUCGCCGAGAUGCUCCCAGAGACGAGUGGGGAUCUAUCUCGAUUACGAAGGCAGAAGGGUGUCGUUCUACGACGUUUUGUGUAACGCACACUUGUACACCUACAAAGACUGCACGUUCUCCGGGCCUCUGCGUCCUAUUUUUGGCCCCUGUCUCCAGGUGGAAGAGGAGAGCACAGGGGCUAUUGUCAUUUUACCGGAGACGAGGGUCGCGUGAUUGGAUCUCUAACCAUGGAUUCACAGGACAGCACACUGGGGGGAAGGAAGGGCGGCCUUUAGGACUCAGUUCAUCGAAUUCGCUCUUGUCCAUCAGACAUCUCUUGUUGUUUUUGCUAUGUGGGUGAUGGGUAAGGGAAACCUGGACCCGCACGAGGGCGGGGAGGAUGAAAGUUGCACAGCGGUUUGAUUUUUCUGGAUUUCACUUCAUCAGACAUCUACUGUUGAUGUCCCGAGGGGGUGAGAGCGAAGAGGGCACGUUUUACUUUUUACCAUGUCUACUUGGUAGGUAGCAAAGUAGGCUGAAAGCCAUUUUACAUGGGAACAUCUUUUGGAUAGCGUUUGGAUGG